GGAGGAAAAGCCACCCUGAUUUUUGCUUGAUGCCACCUGCCAUAAAGCUUUGCCAAGUAUCUAAGCCUGGACAGCCUGCUGAGGUCGCUUCUCUGCAAUUUUGGGGGGAUAGGUUUUUAAAAUCUCUCUGCUAGCAGCGACUCAGCUUUGGCAUGCUGGCGACUUUUGUCCUGUCUUGCAUUAUUGAUUCAGCAGCUAUUUUGCAGGUGUCAACAUGAGCAUGCCUGGGACAGCUGUUGGAAGAGGAAGGGCAACACCUCUUUUUUACCUGCACCUUGGGCUCCUCCUCGCCCUCUGUAUGCACAGCUCGGGAGCUGACGCCUUUUGGGUUGCCAAUCUUAACAUUUCGUUCCUAGUAGCAAAUCGGACUUUGUGGGAGAUUUUGGAAAACGGAGUGUUUGCGAGAGCCUCUCCUUUGAAGAAGGUGUCUGGGGUUGUGGUGCCUCCGGAGGGUCUGCAUCAAAACGUCUGUAGCUCUUUAACACAUUUUAAGAAGCCAGCGAAUGGGGACAGUUGGCUAGCUCUCAUCAUGAGGGGACGGUGUUCAUUUGCAAAGCAAAUCAUGGUGGCCGCAGAAAAGGGAGCUGCCGGUGUGAUCAUCUAUAAUUAUCCAGGUACAGGCAAUGCUAUCUUUCCCAUGCAUAACUUUGGGGCGGAAGAUAUUGUCUCAGUUAUGAUCAGCAACCUGAAAGGCAUAGAUCUUUUGCAUUUGGCUCAGAAUGGCAUCCAAGUGAGGGUAACCAUUGAUGUUGGGAAGCACCAUUACCCAUGGAUAACCCAUUACAUGGGUACCAUUUUUGUUUUUGCCUCCCUCGCUGUGGCAUAUUGCACCUGCUACUCUGCCGCAAGGCUGCGGAGAUCCAGGAACCCGGUCCAGAGAUGGCCGCAGGAACUUGAUAUCGGUAAGGCCAUGAAUGAUCUUGAGCUUCGCACACUGAAGAAGGAUGACAAGGAAGUUGGGUCGAGUGGAGAGAGCUGUGCAGUGUGUUUGGAAAUGUACAAGCCGAAAGACAUAACCCGUGUCUUGCACUGCAGACAUCUUUUCCACAAAGCCUGUGUUGAUCCUUGGCUUCUGAAUCACCAGACAUGUCCUGUGUGUAAAUGGGACAUGCUCCGAAUGGUGGGAAGCAUUGCAACUGAAGCAGAGUCAUUGGGUAGUCAAAGGCCAAAUGAAGCUUCUCCCAUGAUCAGUUCUCCUAAGCAAUAGGACUGUCAUGAGUUCGUGAAGGAAUGCAACAAAUGCUCAUUCUGGAGACAAGCAACUUUUUCCAUGCUUGAUUGUCUCAUUCCUAAAAAUCAAGCGUAAGCAUAUGUGAAAUAAAAAGCUUUGCUUCUA